AUGUACCGAAUUGUCGGAGCUAGUCGGUCGAGAAGGCAAAACGACGAGAUGCUGUUCCGAGCGGCGAAGACGGUGGUAUGCUGCACUCUCGGGCCCAUCGUAUGGGGAUUGCUAUCCCUGCUCUUCCUCCUCCUUAUCGCCCUUGGAAUCACGGCACUUGUGCUCUACUUCGUGUACAAACCGCAGCUACCUGAGUGCGACGUACAGAACGUAACAGUAAACAGACUGAACGUCACUCGCCUGACUUCGUUUCCCUUCAACGAAACGGCCUACGCAGCUCUAGCCACCUUGAGCGCCGCCGACAGAGCAGCCGCAUUGGGCGUCCCAGGCAACUACAGCGCCAAAUCAACUGACCCAUCCUCGCCAUCAGCAUCUCCGUUAUUAGCAUCUCCACUAGAUGCUCUCGGGAAUGCCACCGUGCCGCCAAGGCUCGGUCUGAAUGCUGACGUGGGAUUCACGCUGGAGACGCGGAAUCCGAACAAGGUCGCCAUUGAUUAUAAAUACGUGAAUGUGUCGAUUAUUUACAGAGGCGUCACUGUGGGAAACUCGUCGAUUCCGCCAUUCACGCAGCAGGCGCAGACCAACACGAGUGUACCAGCAGAGCUUCUAGUACUAGACUUCCCACUCGAUAUAGUCACGGGGCCUGUCAUGCUGGCAGAUUUGAACGCUGGAAACGUUCCCCUACAGGUACUACUGCUCCUCUACAUGUUGUGUUCCUCUACAGGUACUGCUCCUCUACAUGUUGUGUUCCUCUACAGGUUGUUCUCCUCUCUGCAUCCUUUGUGGCAUCCGCUCGUUUGGCUUUACCUUGUUUUGAGUCAGACUCAAAAGAAUCAUCUGCUCUUUUGCAUUCCUCUUGUGAGCACGAGCCCUAUCUUUUAG